AUGUCCUCCGAUCUCGAGCGGUACAUCAGCGACAACUCCUUGCGGUUCUUUGGUGUUUCGGACAAAAGCAUAAUCGACUAUGUAGUUGCGUCAGCAUCCUCCUCGAAAUCUCCCGAGUCCCUCUUUGUUGCACUCAAUGCUUCUGGUCUACCAGACACGCCAGACGCACACCAGUUCGUGCAAGACGUCUACUCUCGUGCUCCUCGCAGGAGCAAACAUAAGAAGUCCUCAGACAGCUCGAGGAAGCAAGUGGAGGAGCAGACGAAACACCUGAGAGCACAAAAAUUCGGCUUUCUUCUUGACGAUGACGACCAGGGCUCGAGCGGCGUCCCCAGUGACAAGGCGAAGGUGUCCGGCAAGAGCAGUGCCAGAGACAGGCGAGACCGGCAUACACGGAAACGCGAGAGUGACGCGCGAGAAUGGGAGAGUGACGAGGAGGAGCAGUCACGCAAGAGAGCGCGGACGGAUGACGGUGAGGACUCAAGACGCCAGGAGGAUGAGGAGGACAUCGAGCUACCGGAGGACGAGGAAGUGCGAAGAGAGCGGCAGAGGGUUGAGGACCUGAAGGAGAGAGACGAGUUUGCGGAGCGCGUCAAGCAGCGGGACCGCGAGAAGACGAAGAAAGUCGUCGAGGACCGAUCGUCAAAGGGCGUCGGUGCUCUUGAGGCUGCGCAGCGUCGACAAUUAGCGGACGACUCGCAGGCACGGGAACGCGCUAUGCCCUCUCUACGCGAGCACUCUCGUCAAGAGUAUCUCUCGAAGCGUGAGUUGCAGCGGGUCGAGCUGCUACGCCGAGAGAUUGCCGACGAAGAGGCUCUCUUUGCCGGAAUGAAGAUGUCUAAGCGUGAGCGGGGGGAGCUGGAUCACAAGAAGCAGGUCCUCCGGCUCGUUGAAGAGCGCCUCAAGAUCGACGACAAGUACGAAGGUUACCAGCUCCCGGAGGACUACAUCACGGAGCAGGGCAAGAUCGACAAGAAAAAGAAGGAGGGGGUACUUUACCAGCGAUACGAGGAAGCAAAACCCAAAGAUGGUCAGCAUACGACUGAUGUCGACCAGUGGGAGGAGGCGCAGACGAAGCAUAGCACAUUCAAGACUGGCGCGAUGGACAAGCGGGAAAUCGUGGAGGAUUACGAGUAUGUCUUUGACGAGAGUCAGACGAUCAAAUUCGUCAUGGAGAGCACCAUGGGAGGCGAGGGCAGAAUGACUGCCAAGGACAAGCUUCUACAGCAACAGAUUGAGGAAGCUGAGAAGCGAGCUCAGUCAAUAGAGGAUACCCGUAAAUCCUUACCCAUUUACCUGUAUCGGGAGCAACUCCUCGAUUCCAUCAAGGAGCACCAGGUCCUCAUUGUUGUCGCCGAGACGGGCUCAGGAAAGACUACGCAACUGCCGCAGUACUUGCACGAAGCUGGAUACACAGCAAACGGGCAGAAGAUUGGGUGCACACAACCGCGUCGUGUGGCAGCGAUGUCCGUGGCCUCCCGUGUCGCGGAGGAGAUGGGGACGAAGGUAGGAUACGAGGUCGGGUACUCGAUCCGGUUCGAAGACUGCACAAGCGACAAGACGGUGCUCAAGUACAUGACAGAUGGCAUGUUACUCCGCGAGUUCUUGACGGAGCCGGACUUGGCAGGGUACGCGGCAUUGAUCAUCGACGAGGCGCAUGAACGGACACUGAGUACGGACAUUCUCUUUGCUCUUGUGAAGGGCUCAAGAGUUCCGGUUCAGGAUAUCGCAAGAUUCAGACCAGAGCUGCGAUUGCUCAUCUCCAGUGCCACCAUGGAUGCCGCGAAGUUUAGCGAGUAUUUCGACGGCGCUCCAGUAUUCUACGUGCCUGGCCGACGGUAUCCUGUCGACAUUCAUUACACACCGCAACCAGAAGCAAACUACCUGCAUGCAGCCAUCACUACGGUCUUCCAGAUCCACACGACACAGCCGAAAGGCGACAUUCUCGUAUUCUUCACAGGUCAAGAUGAGAUUGAAGCUGCACAAGAGAACUUGCAGGAGACUGCACGAGCCCUGGGCAAUAAGAUCGCCGAGCUGAUUGUCUGUCCUAUCUACGCCAACUUGCCGAGCGACAUGCAAGCGAAGAUCUUCGAACCCACCCCCGAGGGCGCUCGCAAGGUGGUCUUGGCCACGAAUAUUGCCGAGACGUCGAUUACCAUUGAUGGCGUCGUGUUCGUCAUCGACCCCGGCUUCGUGAAGCAGAACUCGUACAACCCUCGGACCGGUAUGUCAUCUCUUGUGGUCGUCCCCUGCUCUCGCGCAUCUGCAAAUCAACGAGCGGGUCGUGCAGGCCGAGUCGGACCCGGCAAGGCCUUCCGUCUGUACACGAAGUGGGCUUACGCGAACGAGCUUGAGGAGAACACAGUUCCCGAGAUCCAACGAACAAAUCUCGGAAUGGUUGUCCUACUACUCAAGUCACUCGGUAUCAACGACCUCAUUGGUUUCGAGUUCAUGGACCCACCUCCGGGCGAGACGCUCAUGCGUGCUCUGGAGCUCUUGUAUGCACUGGGUGCCCUUAACGACCGCGGCGAGUUGACGAAGCUAGGUCGACGGAUGGCCGAGUUUCCGGUCGACCCGAUGCUUUCGAAAGCGAUCAUUGCAAGCGAGAACUAUCACUGCACAGAUGAGGUCCUCACCAUCAUCUCCAUGCUCCAAGAGUCGUCAUCGAUAUUCUACCGCCCGAAGGAUAAGAAACUACACGCUGACCAGGCGAGGCAGAACUUUGUGCGCCCCGGUGGCGACCACUUUACGCUUCUCAACGUGUGGGAACAAUGGGCGGAGACGAACUAUUCGCAGCAAUUCUGCUACGAACAGUUCUUGCAGUUCAAAAGCUUGAGUCGUGCACGAGACAUUCGCGAUCAGCUGGCAGGGCUGUGCGAGCGUGUGGAGGUCGUGGUGGAGAGCAAUGCGAAUACAAAUGAUAUCACGCCGGUUCAGAAGGCCCUCACAGCUGGAUACUUCUAUAACACCGCACAACUGCAGAAGAGCGGUGAUUCCUACCGAACGCUGAAGACAAAUCAAACGGUGUACAUUCAUCCUUCGUCGAGCUUGUUCCACAUUACACCACCUGCGAAGACAGUUUUGUACUAUGAGCUGGUGAUGACGUCGAAAUCGUAUCUGCGGCAAAUCAUGGAAAUCAAGCCUGCAUGGCUACUUGAGGUCGCACCCCAUUACUUCAAGCCUGCCGAUCUGGAGCAGCUGGCCACGGGAGACAAGAAGAUGCCCAAGACGAUCGGAGCUGUAGGAGAGAAUGCGCGGGUCUUCUCCAUGUUUGCUUCGCUCUCUGCUGCUCCGCGGCCCUCUCCGCCCCUUACGCCGCCUCAGACGUUGACCUCGGAUGGCUCAGGCAUAUCUCCCGCUUCCUCUGACGACUCUUCUUGCCUGGAGCUUUCUUUCGUCUAUGAAGUAAACUCGCAGGGCGAGGUCGUACGCGUCUCCAAGGAUUUGUCCAAGUCUUCAGCACCGCCAACUCCAGACCAAUCUCCUAAACUCGCCCAAGCGUCGCCACCCAAGGCACCUUCACCGAUUGGACAGCUUCGAGCACCGUCACUUGGCCGCUCUGAGAGUCUCCCGGCUUCUGCCUUUGAACCAACGCCUUCUGCUCCUGCGCGCUCUUUUCAGCGUGUGGCGUCUGGCCCUCUUCAGACUCCGGCAUCCUCUUCGUCUAUCCGUAGCAGCAUCGCUCCUCUGUCAACAGGAGGACGUAAACUAGGCGGUGCCCGGCGCGUCAAACUCGAAGAGUUUCAAGAACAGGAUGUACUCUUACGCUCACAGCCGCAGGCUGUCGAUGAGAAGGAGAAUGCGCGCGGCCCCUCCCAUAAUAUGCAGUCGUCGCGGCCUAUGAUUCCGAUCCGCCCAACACGACUUCUGAACAAGAAAUCUGGCAUUGACAAGAUUGUAGAGGAUCAGGCUGCUGAGGAGCAUGCUGCUGCUGAAAUGCGCGGGUUCGGUUACAGUGGGCGGCCACGACGUUCGGCAAGCCUCAGCGAUGCUUCUGCCUCUGGCUCAAUGAGCCAAGACUCUGGCUACGAACAAGGGAUGCCGAAUAUUCAGUACUAUCAGUCACAGUACCAGCGCCCAGGAACGAGUCUUGGAAUGGCUAGUCGAGGUGCUCGUCGGGUGACGAUCGAAGAGAAGAGGCGUCAAGAACGCGAGUCUGCACUUGAGGAGGGAUAUGCUCGACGAGAGGCAGAAGAGGCCGCCGAGGCAGCACCUUCGCACGCACGUCCAGCAUACAGUCAUCAGCGUAAAGACUCUGACACUCUUCGUUCCGCGGCUGCCUUGACCCCGACGUCGCCUACCGCCGUCGAGUUUCCAUCUCGUGUAUCGCCUCCAAAUCGUAACUAUGUCCCAUCUUCUGCACCAAGUCUCGUUGCCGCAGCUGCCACGAACCUCCGUCAUCGCCGCAGCCCUACCGCGCCCGAAGCACCAACAUCGAGUGCGGAGAUCGCGCCUCCCAAUGGCGGCAGUCAGGCAGCUGGCAGGACCUGGGCAGCAGGAGACAGCCGAGAGCAAGAACGCGAAGAACGUUAUGACUCUGCGGCACCAUCCCGAAAUGCCCCAGCGAUGCCCCCGCCUCAACCUCCUGCACCUCCGCCGGCGAAGCAGCAGCAAGUAUCACAUCCACAGGCAUCGUAUCAGGGGACACCAGCGUUAGAGCUGCGGUCGCGGAAUAUGGUGGUGAACAAGAAGGCCUACGCGCGUCUGGACAUGAUCGGGAAGGGAGGGUCAUCACGGGUGUACCGUGUCAUGAACGGCACGAACGAGAUCUUCGCAAUCAAACGUGUUUCGCUCGAUAAGACCGACGCCGAUACGAUGAGUGGCUACAUGAACGAGAUUGCGCUCCUCAAGCGGCUGGAGGGCAAUAGCAGAAUCAUUCGACUCAUUGACAGUGAGCUCAAGCCGGGUCCUGGCGGUUCGAUGGGCCACCUCAUGCUUGUGAUGGAGUGCGGAGAGAUAGAUCUUGCUAGAUUAUUGCAAGAACAACAGAAGGAGCCACUUGACCUAGUUUGGAUAGCAUACUAUUGGAAGCAAAUGCUGCAAGCUGUGCAUAUCAUACAUGAAGAGAAAAUUGUCCACUCUGACUUGAAACCUGCAAACUUUGUCCUUGUCCGAGGACAGCUCAAGCUGAUCGAUUUCGGUAUUGCCAACGCAAUCGCAAACGAUACGACCAAUAUUCAAAGAGAUCACCAGAUCGGCACAGUCAACUACAUGUCUCCGGAGGCGAUCGAGCUACCUGAAGGUAUGCGCCGUCUCAAGGUUGGCCGUCCAAGCGACGUUUGGUCGCUCGGCUGCAUCCUAUACCAAAUGGUAUACGGCCAGCCACCAUUCCAACACCUCUCCGUGUAUCAGAAAAUGAAAGCUAUUCCCAACGAAAAGCACAUUAUUGAGUUCCCGCAUCAUGCGACCCCAUCUGUUCCUUCAUCGCGAGCUAGCAGCGGAGAAGGGUCGCCCCACAGGCUAGACCAUCUAAGCGUGCGCGUGCCCGAAACGCUCAUCGCGACCAUGCAGAGCUGCCUAGCACGUAACCCAAAGGAGCGCAUGACGAUUCCGGCGCUGCUCGAUCAGGAUUGGCUCGAAAUGAAAGCGCCACCUCCACCGUUGCCUCCAUCCCCACCUCCACCCCCUUCUCCGAUUCUCAAGGAGGACGAGACCAUCAUCAAUCCGCACUUCAUGCAACAACUUUUGGCAUAUGGCAUCAGCCUUGGUAUGCAGGGCCGCGACAUGGACAACGCGCAAUUGUUGCGUGAAGCGGAGUGCACAGACAUUGCACCGCGUUACCCGACCGACACGCAACCCACUAAGCAGAGCGCCUCCUGCCACGACCAUUACGACCUGCAAUGCGGACUGCACCACGCCAGGCGCACUUCGCGCGUCCCGAGGCACGCGGAGAUCGAUGUGCGGCCGUCUCAGACACUGCUCGUCUUACGCAGUCAUGAAGUUGUCUUCGUCUUUUGCUGUUAUGAUCGUCGCGCUAUGCUGUCACGUUCUCAGGCCCAGGCUGUCUUCUUGCCGACCGCUGCCUGCAGUCAAACGCCGUGUUACGCUAGUUACUAUUCAUCUUCUUUGAGGGCGGUAUUGGCCAGCAUGUUACGAGUGGCGCGGCGUCUGGAUUGGAACCGGAGAGCCUUGUAUGAUCGCGCAGUGCCCUCCUCCUCUGACCGCAUGCUGGAGAAAUCGCUGUCGACACAAUCGGACAUCAUAAUCUACGAUUUAGAGGACAGUGUACCACCGUCUGUGGCUGACAAAGAUGGUGCUCGCGAACGGUUACGCCGCUUCUUCAACUUUCAACAAUCUCGGCUGCUCAAAUGUUUGCGGCAGACUAAGACGACGGCCGAGCUUCCUCGCCCUGAGCGAAUUGCUGUGAGACUCAACAGUAUCAAUACGCCGUUUUUCCAGCACGACAUUGCACAGGCUCUUAGGAUACCAUCCAUCCGGACGCUUGUGCUACCGAAAGUGCACUCUGCGCUGGAUUUGCACCAUGUGUCCCGCGCUAUCUAUGUGGCGUCGAAUUUGCAGAGCGUCCGAGACCCAACUGCUCAGCCGCUACGUCUAGUAGCGAGCAUUGAGAGCGCAAGAUCGAUGAUCAACCUGCGUGAAAUAGCAGCCUGGCAGUCUGAAUAUGGUCGCCCCCUUGGAGUCACCCUGUCCGCACUUCUGUUUGCUGCAGAGGAUUAUUGUGCGGACACAUCUAUCAUAAGGACUAAAUCCCGGCAGGAACUGUUGUUCACUCGCUCCCAGAUAGCCAUUACCGCCAAAGCGUUCGGACUGGAUGCAAUUGACAUGGUUUGCGUGAACUAUAAGGACUCAGACUAUCUCAAGGAGGAGUGUGAGGACGGUAGGCGGCUUGGCUUUAACGGAAAGCAAGCUAUCCACCCGACGCAAGUAGACAUAAUACAGUCCACCUUUGUGCCAUCGGAUAAGGAGAUACUCCGUGCAGCUACGAUCUUGCAUCGCAUGCAGCAGGCGCAUGUCUCACAACAAGGCGCCAUUGGACUUGAGCUAGAAGGCGGCGGCAAGGAAAUGAUUGAUGCGCCUAUGAUCAAGCAGACUAAAGCUCCACAUUUCCCCCGUUGUGACACACGUCUCGAUCGUGUGGCAACACUUGCUCAGUUCUGGCUACAUGACCGCCAAAGUGUCAUAUAUCGUUCCAACAACUCGUUUGGAACAUCCCCUGCAGCAUCAGGGAUGAACGCUAGAGUAGAAAGGGUCUGGCCUGUGAAACUUCUUGAAUCAGUGCUGCUUCUGUUGUCGUGCUCGGAUCUACGAAGCUGGUGA